UGUAUAUGGUAGUAAAAUAUAUAGCACCGAAAAUUUCAAUCUCAAUUCCACAAGCCAUGGAAUCCAGAAUCCCAGAAAUUUCAACCAGCAAGAUUAGUCACAAACUAAACUGUUCCUGUUUCUUCUGCAUCUUGUCUGAAACCGUCCCUUCAGUGAGAAGAGCCAAAAUUGCGCAAUACUUCAAACAAAUGCCUCUAAGAGACAACCAAGAACAUGUCCUAGUCUUAAGUGGCCUUUGGAAAAUCGCCAUGACUAAACCAAACGACCCAGAAUUUCCUUCCCUUGGCAUCUUCACAUGCAUGGCCAAACUCAUUAGUAAAGGUGUCACUCAUAGAACUUGGCUUCUUAGGCACCAGAACAUAUACAUACCCUAUUAUGCUGCGCAUAUCAUUGGUUCCUAUACCAUAGAGAAACCCAAGUUUGCCAAAAAAGCUGUUAAGUCUUUUGUGGUUAAGCCCUUACUAGAACUGCUUCGAGGUAAGAUAAGUUGGGUUGAACAAAGGGUCGCACUUAGAGCACUGGCUAAUCUAGCCAGCCAUGAAGCAACUUUUGAAGCUGUUAAAGUGCAUGAAGUGGAAAUCAUAGAAGCAGCCAUGAACAUAGCUUCUACGUGCCUUAACAAGGUAUAUGAUGUCUUUGUUGGGUUGAAAAAGUCACACAGGUUGAAGUACCAUAGAAACCUUCUAACUAGGGGGGUUGGAGGCUUGGAAUUGGAGAACAUAAAGGCGGAGGAAUGGGCCAGCCAGCUUCAAUCUUGGUCUCUCUAUCUUCUACACUGUUUUGCAUGCAGAGAAAGAUCUCUCAGGUUAAUCUGCAAGAAGAGAUUCUUGAAAGGCUUAUGUGGAAUGUGGGGGGGACUAACAAACCCUUCUUCACCAAGUGGAAUAGGACUAGUGAAAACUCUUUGUCACACCCAAAUGGGAAGAGAAAGCAUAGCAGGUUUGCAAGAAGUGGUAGAGAGUUUGUGUAAUGUGUCAAGAUCUUCAGAUGAAAGGCAACACAUGGCUGUUGAAAGUCUUAUGCAGCUUCUCAUCGACCCGGUUACGAGAUAUAAAGUGCUAGACAUGGUUGCUCCAGUGCUUGCUGAUUUGGUUGAACUAAGAGACAUCAAAGGGAAACAUCACAAAGUUGGAAAAACAAUCAUGCAUGUUCUCUUACAGGACUACCACAAAAUCAAGCUUUGCAAGGUGAGUUUGAGUGAAAGAACAAGGAGAAGGUUAGAAGAGUUAUUUGAUUUAAAGGUGGAGAGAGUCAAGAGAGAGAAACUGACGAGUGUGCAAGAAAUGAGAGAAAAAGAAGCCUUAUCAUGUGUCCUGAAACGAGAAGGGAGUGAGAGAUUUUUUGCUGGGGAGGUUGAAAAAGCUGUGAUGAAGUACUCAGAGGCUUUGGAUUUGUGCCCUUUGAAACUAAGAAAAGAGAGGAUUGUGCUUCAUAGCAAUAGAGCUCAGUGUUAUUUGCUUCUCAAGGAUGCAGAAGGUGCCAUCAGUGAUGCCACUAGAGCACUGUGCCUAUCCAGUGUAGCGCGUCCUCACAGUAAGAGUUUGUGGAGAAGAUCACAGGCUUAUGACAUGAAAGGGCUAGCUAACGAGAGCUUGAUGGAUUGUUUAAAGUUCAUCAACACAAAGGGGUUCAAGAUUCCGUACUAUGCAGCACGAUUCUUUAACAAGCAAAUGAAUAACACGUGGCUCUUUGCCUCAGCUAAGUCAAAGUGGUAUAGAAAACGCGAAGAAAUAAAAGAAUUAAAUGAUGUUAUGCAUUUGAGACAGAAAACGAGGAGAAAAAUGAAAGUAUAGGAAUGAGUAACAAUAAUGUAGAACAUUUCACUGAGAGAGGAGCAUGGGAGAGAAGAAAGUCUAGAAGGACGAGUGGAGGUAGAAAAAUAGUGAGUGGAAGUGUGAGAAGAAACUGACAGCGUGGAAAAAGGGUGAGGCAUGAGCAUGAAGUAAUUUAUUUUAUAUGCUAGCAUGCACAAUAUGUUUGCCUUCAUUCACAAGAGAGGGUGAAAAUGUUCUUCUAUGAUAAUUGCUUUUGACAGUAAAUUAGUAGUCAUAAAAGAAUGUGAAAAAGGAGAAGAGAAAUAUAGAAGUUGAUAAGAUGGUUUUUUUAGGUAAUUAUGUUCAACAUAUGAUCCGGGGUAACAAGUAAGACAGACUAUUCAUGUAAACCUCGUUGGUCUGAAUUAGCAUUUUAUGCCGGUGCUGAAUGCAAAAAUUAUGAAAUAAGAUAAUAUGCAUGGAAAAAGUGUACAUAAAUUUACUGAAAAUGAAUGUGCUUGCUUGUUAGUACAAAUUAUUUAACAUGUUUACAUCAUCAUCUGUUAUUAAGUAACAU